GUGGGACCUCGACGCUGCGUCUCUCAUCAGUGCGAGAGCUGCCUGAGCAGCUCCAGGAACUUUACCAGCAGGGUUUUGUCCUGGCAGCUGUCCAUCCAUUUAUCCAUCCCUGUGGUCCAGAGUCCAACAGCCUACAGCACCAGCUAUACCGGGCCAUACUUGUCCAAAUCAAUGAUGGGGUGGAAAGGAGCCAACCAGUCGGCCCACCAAACAAGCUACUGCUGGAAGAGUGCCUGUCUGCUGUGCAGGUGCCCACCCCUGAGCUCAUCCAGGGCUACGUCAAGAAGCAGAUGCAGGACUUUGCUGACCAGGGGGUGAUAUUUGUAGGAUUCGUCCAGGAACCAUAUGGAGCACCAUGCACCCGGAUCAGAGAACCAGAAACCCCUUCCCUGUCUCUGCACUCCAGCCCCAGUUCUGUCCUUGGCUCUCUGGGUAGCUGCAGCCCCUCAAACCCCUCAAGCCCUAUAAAUCACGCAGACUGUGGAGCGAAAAUUGAAAGCGUGGACAAAGAGGGGGAGAUGAAAACGUCCCGACCGGAGGGAGUGAGAAAUCAAAGCGAGAUUAAUAGUGAAAACCACUUGGGUUCUAGUGUUGGAGGCAGUUUGGCUGGCAUCUCACCAGCAGCAUCUCCAUUAUCAGAGGGAAACCUGGAGAACAGUGAGGAGCUGACCGAGGAGGACUCAUCAUACCACAAUAACAACAAAGACAUCUUCAGAGACAGAAAGGAGAGACCAAGAUACCGGAGAGGUGAUGGAGUGGAACUGCUGGCUUUGUUUAACAACCCGCCAGUUCGAGAGGGCCAGGUAAAAUACUACACUGUCAAAGUGCCUCUACGAGUGCAGAGCUAUGAAGAUGGCAUCAAAGGUGUGGAGGCCAAUUGGCUGGAUCACAUGACCCAACAUUUCAACAAUGGGGCCUCGCUGGUUGAUGGAUACUUUCACUUGGGCAAUGUGAACGAUUUGCUGCCUAAGACUGUGGAAAGUGUUUUCAUCUUCCAAGAGGGGAUCGAGAGUGAGACAAACGCUGCUGCAGCAACAUAUGAUGCCAUUGUUGUAGAACAAUGGACCAUCAUUGAUGGUUUGCAGGUAAAAACUGAUUACGUUCCUCUACUUCAGUCACUGGCCACAUUUGGAUGGAGGCUCACCUGUGUUCUGCCGACUCCUGUAAUCAAGACUAACAGUGACGGAAGUCUGUCCACGAAACAGAUCGUUUUCCUGCAGAGACCAGUCAUGAGUCGGAAGAAGAGGGAAUCAAAGAAACUAAUCUUCAAGACCCGAAGCAAGUCUAACAAGAACUGCAUCAAAGAUUUGGCUAAAAACAAGAAGAAGAACACAAUAAAUGAAAAGGAAUCAGAAGAGCUCAAGAUUGCUGAUGACAAAGAAAAAGCUGGAAAGGAAGGGGAUGUGACUGUGGGUGAAAACACAAACGCGGAACAGGUGGAAGCAGCGGGUGAGUCCAAGAAAGAGAGGAAGAUAAAGUGUGAGGAAGAUACAAAGGCUGAUGCAGGGAUGGUAAUCAGCAUUGAGAAAGUCAUAAGCAAAGAUGGACCAGACAAGAAAGAGGACAAAGGAGCAGAACACUGCACCGGAGUGAGAGAGGACAGAGCUCCAUAUGGAAAGGGAUCAGAAGAAAACGGAGAGCCUUUGGGAAAGGAGGAGGUCGAGAAGGUCACCGAAACAGUUGCGACUGUCGAAACACAGAAGGAGACCAAAGAAAAGGUGCUUGAGGGCACUUCGAAAGUUGAAUGUGUGAUAGAAAAUGGGAUAGAGACAGAUGAAGAAAAAGAUGACAACAGAGAGAAUAAGAUCAAAACAGAAGAAUCCGUGGAGGUUAUCGCCAAGGAGACUGUGGCAGAUCCAACGCACACAAACCUAAAUCCAGUAGAGCCUCAGGAGUAGCACCAUGUGGUUCAAUUUGAGCUUUUUCCCCACCCUACCUCUUAAAUUCCCAAUUUUAAAAACUGGCUAAAAUAUUAUCCUGAAUCCAAAUCAAAGGGGAGUUUACUCCCCAUUGCUGCAACAUCCUUCAAACCCCAACUCUCAUUACUGAUUCCCCCAAAACCUGCAACAGUGUAGCUAAAUGAAUGAAGAUCAUGGCAUCAGUCCUACUGUAUAACCACACCUACUGAAUGUAAUUAGAAAAGAGCAAAUGUGUGUGGAACUACUGGAUACACUGGAUGGAGGUAGACAGAGAACUCAGUCAGAAUCAGAGAGAAAGUGAUAAGAAAAAAAGUCUAAAAAAGACUCGGACAUGGUUCCUGUAAAAGCAGCAGUUAAACCAGAGCUGUCAACUUGUUUGUUCACCUACUACACACUUACUAUAGUGUUCACUAUAGAGGACUUUGGCCAGUGAGCUGUCACUCCUGCUUAAGAGCUUUACCUGCAGGUUUAAAAACAUGAAAUAUAAAAGGAAAUCUUAUUAAAGUAUUUUCCUUUAGAUUGAAAGCUAAAUUCCAUUCACCAUGGUCUGAGAUUUGGUUUUAAGUUUUUUUUCAUUAUGCUAUGUUUAACAAUGAUAGGUGCCUCGACCCUGCUUCAUCUUUAUCAACCCUUAAGGAACAUUUUAGAACCCAGUAACUCAAACUUUUUAUUUAGAUUCAGCUCAGAUAUAAGCAGUCUAUACUUAAAGUUAGAGAAAAUAUAUUUUGCCCAUUUCUAGUGUGACCAGGUCUUUAAGCAGGCGAAAAUUAGAUGAAGUAAUGUGGAGUAUGACAUCUCGAGGCGAAGGCAUUUCUCUGGGUUUCUUUGGAUAUGUGGGGAUUUCUUCACAAAAAAGCACCAGCGUGCUUCAAGAACCCUUUGAAACUGUGUCAAGACCCAAAGCUGCCUCCCUGAAGUUGAAGAUACCAUACAGUAAAGGGCAGACAGUUUGCAGAAAACGUCCUCCCUCUUAGUUUCUGAUGCAGGAUGCAAGGCAAAUCCAUAGGAGAGCGCUGGUAGAGGUGAUGGGAAAGGCAUUUGUUGCGACAGGCAAUCCAAAGCAGGCUAAGGAGAUCAUUGUUUACGCUCAGCUCUAAGCCGUCAAGUGCUUCAAAGAGAGCCGAUAAUCACUCUUUGGUGUGGUGUGCUAAGCUUACCUUGCAUACAGAAUGUUCAUAAGAAUAUUCCCAAGCUCAGUCAGACCGGAAUGUAAAGUUCAGCUGAAUGUUUGCACCUCAACGACAGGAUCACUAUUUAGGUUUACACUUUUUGCUUAACAUACAGGGGAGAGGAUUUCUGCGUAGAAACAAGGUUAUUAAAAAAAGUGAUCAGGGCUUGUCUUUGUUCGGUAUGGAAGCCAGAAGUAAGGAGACUGUCAGACAAAGAAAGAGGUUAUAAUGAGAAGAAGGAGAAACUAUAGAGCCUGAAAGACUGAACUACAAAAAGCAAAUCGGCUAAUUUAGAGACAACAGUCUUUUUCAACAGCAGCGCUUUCUUUCAUUGCUUUUCCCCGACCUGUUAAUGCACCUCUUACUGGACACAGUUUCUGACAUUAACUGAGUCAUAAUGUGCUGUUUUGUGGCACAGUGUGUCUUUCCAUUUUAGAGGUGGAACAAGAGGAUAUGUGAAGGCAGCGAUUAUGGAGCGGGGCUCUCUGCGGAUCGCUAAUGGAUUUUGUCAGUGGGGGAUCUUUCAGUAAUCAUGCAUUUCUAAUGGGGGGUCACUUGUUGGUGGAGUUAUUGACAACAAAACACCUCAGUAUGUCAAGUUUCACGUUUAACAAGGAUGUCAUGGGGAUCCAUGUCCACUGGAGAGGACAGGAUUCAUUUAGAAAAGGACCCACAUCUCAUUUAAUACCUGUUUUUUUAAACCGUUAGCAUUUGGCUGAUGAAAGUACCUGCUGACAUCGUACAAUUUGUCACAAUUAUCAUUCUUGUGUUCUGAUAAUAUAUAUAUGUGGCUCAGAAAAGUAUUUCUUCUCUGGAGAAGAAACUACACAAUUUCAAGUGCUCUCCUGCCUCCAGUGAGAUUCCUUUCAAUGUAAAAUGGCAAAUGUUUUGUGUAGAGUAGAAUAUAAAACUGUGACCAGUUUAGCCUUAUUACUAUACUGUAAAUGGCCCAGAAUCUGCUUUAGAUUUUUUUUUUUCGCAGAAUAUUGGUGAUUUAAAUGUUAUAUGUUUGUUAUGGUCAAACAGCAAAGUGUUUCUCCUGUUGGUGUUUGAGGAUUUUAUUCCUGGAGGUAAAAGUGAUGGGUUCAAAUGUUUGUCCAUAUCAACUUAUUAUGUUUUGUAUUCAUUUCUGACAUCUCUUUAUUAUGAAUGUUUCAAAUUCAAGUGAAAAAGACUUCUUUGUUGCCUCUGCGUCUUCUGCUAUAGCUUGCAAAAUUGCUUUGCUGACUGGUGCUUUGAGCAACUUCCUCAGGGCUGAUGUUGGCAUUGAGUUGAGAGGUCGCCAUAAGUGUGACCUCUAGAAACAUAUGCUCCUGUCCGGCUGCACUCCAAUUUGAAGGAGACUGGAACUGUGAGUAUAAGGUCACCUCUAAUGGCAGCCAAGGUCAAAGGUUAUGAGUGAGAAUGGAUUUUUCUCACUUGUACUAACAGACUGCAAGAGCACAUCAAAGCUGAUAACUAACCCUGAUAUUAAAUGAAUAUACUUUGCAUCGUUUUAAGCUGAUUUAGGUUUAUGACACACUUUUGUUCCAUUUAUUCUAAAUAUAAUACACAUGAAUUAGGGAGGAAAGACUUUGAGUUGUCCUUAUCUUGCGUAACAAAAUAUAACAUUGAUGUAAUGUUGCAUCUCUCUAAAUUAAUAUAUGGUUAUAAUUUUAUUUUUGUUUUAUUAAUUCAGUUAAUCUAAGUAAAACUUGUAUGGAUUUAUUAUCCACAGAGUAAUUCUUUAAAUGUUUUUGCUUUUAGUUCUGCUCUCCUUGAUGAUUAUGGCCUAAUAAUUAAUUAGUAUAUUACUGUAACUAAGAGCAAUAACAAGAUGUUUUUAGUACCAUGUUUUACUUUUGGAAAAGUCCAUGCAUGUGCGUUAAUGUAGCUAUUUUUGCCUGAAUUGCUGCUUUUUUCUUGCAUUACAGCAGUGGGACAGCAGGAUGAUCAGUGCAGUUCUGCUGAGAUGAUAAGGAAGCCUAAGUUUUAGGAGGUCUAUUUUGAUCAGUCAGGUGUCUAAUAUUCUUCCUCUCAGGAAAAUCCUAUAGAUUUUCUGUGGGGCUCAUGUUAAGUUACUUUGCUGGGCAUAUGAGCACAGUGGACACUGUGGUUCAUCGGAGCAGAUAUCUGGUACUUUUGGAAGGGAAAGGAACAAAUUCCUGCAGGAAAGUAUAAUCCCCAUCUCCAUACAGCUUGGCAUUUCCUGACUUUGGUAAAGAAAAAUAUAUAGUGAGCCAACAACAGCAGGCAACAACCCUGAAUCAACCUGACUGUAAAACUUUACAUUGGACCUCAGUUAACUUGCAUUCUGUAUCUUUUCACUGUUCCUGUGGUCUCUGGAACAUUUCCAGUCUGAAUUUAUACAGACUUGAUUUAAUUUAUACAGCAAAGAGGGGCAAUAAAAGCCAGAGAUCACUGAAGAAGUCCGAUUUGGCUUUUUCUUCUUUUUUUUUUUCAUUCAGAUAUUAUAUCCAGAUAUACUUUUGGUACAUAUAAUACAAUUUAGAUGCAUGGUAAGAAGUUAAUUUAACUAUUUGAUUCAGGUGUUCCAGAGACAACUCCAAACAAAGCAGGACACCAGACCCUUCAGAUUAGAUUUGAAAACUACUGGGAUAUAAUGCAAUAUCUAUAUUUUCUGAGAAAUAAUGUUUUGUGUUUUCCUUAACUUCAAUACUAGAUCAUCUCAAGAGACAGAAAGAAAUGCUUAACAUUACUCUGUGUAUAAUGAAUCUAUCCAUGAUAUCUUUUUAUUAUACUGUUAUUAUUGAGAAUUAAAUGGCUGUUAAUUCGUCUCAGUGCUUCUGCCUUCUUUGGUUUUAUGUGUCUAACAAUCUUUGAGGCAUGUCUAAAACAUUCCCAUUUGGCUUUCUGGGAGUAAGACGGACCAAAUAUCACUACCUAAGCAAUAUCUGGAUGAUAAAUUACAAUGAGAUAAGCCUCUAUGACAUGACCGUCUUUCAUUCCAACCUGGGCGGAGAACCCAGCACUGUUUCAUUCGGUACCUGAGCCCUUCAUGGUACCAGCUCUCCUCAAAAUGCACUUACUCUAUAGAUUGCAGCACAGUCUAACUGCAUAAAUAUGCUCAAGGAACUGAGGGUAAUUGGAGUUUUCCUUUUAAUAUGUUUGCUUAGUAUUAUGUUAACAGACAGGGAGAGAAAAGUGGGGCAGAAUCCAACAUUUAAUCAGUUAAAAGACGUAAACCGUGUUAACUGCCAUGUGAGAAUAAAAAAGGAGCUUUGACUGCUGCUGGAGUCAAAUAUACAUCUGUGCUGCCUCCACUUAUAGUAUUUGUGAGCUUGCUGUCUUAUAUCAGCAUAAAUGUCUCUGAGCCUGAGUAGUGGCGCUGGUGCAAUCGCUCUUGGUAAUGCUAUCCAAAAUGCUAUGGUUCAUUUCCUGUGUGCUACAAUGAUGUAAAAUGGACAAAGUAGAAACAACAGAACAUGACACAAUAGAAUGAAGUCACUUUUUUUUUUCUCCUGUGUUGUCACUUUAGCUUUGCUCACCGCCUCUGCUAAAUGUAUUUUUUUUUCUCUGAUGUAUUAUUUUAUCACCUCAACUGCCAUCAUGAAUGUUAAGUAUCUUCGAUCAUGUGCUGUUGUCACUUGCGUUGAUGUAGAAAAAGUGUUCUUUAUCUUUCCUAUUCUGGGUAUGACAACAUUCCUACUGUUCCUGACAUCUGUACAAUUUGUAUAUUAUAAAAUGAUUUAUAUUUAAUGUG